AGAUCCAGCCAUGCCCUGCGGGCUGUAAGCGGGCGCGGGCGCGCGCAUGGCUCCGGGCCCAGACCGCGAGCAGCGUUUGGAAAAGCUACUGUGCUCUGCUGGGUAUGGUGGUGACCUGAAGCCGCGGGGGUCGCAAUCCGUGAGUCGGUUGGUAGCUCAAAGCUCAAGGGACUCAAACGACAUCUGCGAGGCCAAGACGUUGGCAAACGAUGGUGAGUUCCCAAAGUCGAGAACGGCUUCUCCCGGUCGGCAGCCACGCCAGUUUAGUGCGCGGCCACCGCGCCCUGAAAGAAGAGACGCAGAGAUCAAGCUGGUCGCGGACAUGACAGACCAGGAGGCUGCGGAGCUGAAAGCCUAUGGAGGUCUCUUCCCAGAAGUCCCAGAAGCACCUCCAGAAGGGAGGAGAGGGCCGCCGGAAAGCGCCCGCACAGUUCAACUGGAGGAGCGGGUGGCUUUCUACGACUCGGAUGAGGAGCUUCCAUGUGCACCUCCAGAAGUGGAGGGCGAACGGUCGAACGUGGAGAUCGACAAGAGCCAGACAGGCUUUCUUUCAAGCUCCUUUGCUGCGACAGGACGGUCUGAGAUGCCCAUGGCGCCCCAGGAGACCAUGUCUUUGGAGACUUCGCCGCUGUCGGAUCGCUUCCUGUCCACCUUCGGUUCCACCGCAGGUGGUCCCUCCAUGGCAUUGGCGCCAGAAGAGCCCCAGGCCGAGGAGCCACUGCAAGCGGAGCGCGAAGCGCCUCAGGUGGAAAGCGCCCCGGCCAAAGUGUUGGCUUCGGAGCCGAAGCCAAGAGCUGAAGGAGCGCGCCCAGAGAAGAAGGAACGGACAGAGGUGGCGAACCCUUGGAAGGGCAGUGCUUCAGCUGAUUCCAGCGAAGCCUCGCCGCUGGCGAUCGUGGGCACGGCAAGUUCCAGCAGGCAGGGUGGAACACGGAGUCGACCAAGCUCCGCGUCCGGCGCAAGGACGUCCAGGAGACCCAGCAGCGGCAACCGGGCGCCCAGUCUGAAGAAGAUGACUCCCAGCUUAGAGGUGAAGCGGCCAGAGAGGACUGAGCGACAGCGCAAAGAAUGCAACUGCCGCUACUGCCCUUCGUGCAAACGCCGCUUGGAGCAGGAGCACAUGCGGCUGGCAAUCGAGAGGUCGCUGGCCGAGCCGGCCCCAGCCGCGCCGCACGCGCCUGCCACCGCGAUGCUGCCGCGGCGAGGGCCCUCUUGCGGCGGCUUGCCAGAGAGCAGCCAGUCAGCCCCCGCGCGCGCGCGAAGCUCUUCAAUCUCUCAGGCACCUCGGGUAACUGCCUCACGUUCGACAGACCGCUUGAGACAGCACACCCAAGCCUCCCAACAGCGAGCGGGUUCUGCCAAUUGGCGAGCACGAGUACACAGUGCAGAACGUGCGUUGCAAAGUGAGUUGGGCAGACACGGGCAAAGCGUCGGGUGACAGUUGCCAGUGCCA